AUGCGGACUGGUGAAAGCCUUUGGGAAGCCAGCUCGCCGACAAGUUUUCUUAUGACCAAGGCCAAGACCAGGAUAGAGACCUGGAACACCAGAACCCUGUAUGAGAAUGGCAAGUCAGCAAAAGUGGCCAGCGAGAUGAGAAGAUACAACAUCAAGGUUCUCGGACUAUAUGAGACCCGAUGGAAUGGAAGCGGCCAGACCAGACUGUCUUCAGGUGAAACCAUCGUUUACUCCGGACAUGAAGACGUGGAUCACGACCACACCCAAGGAGUCACGCUAAUACUGGCGUCAGAGGCUACAAGAGCAAUGAUGGCAUGGGAACCCGUCUCAGCAAGACUUAUGUCAGCAAGAUUUAACUCUAAGGGCAGGAAGAUAACCAUCAUCCAAUGCUAUACUAAGGUGGGAGACGACAACACAGACAGAGAACUCAUCAUGGGCAGACAUGGCGUAGGCACCUGCAACGAAAACGGAGAGCUGUUUAUAGACUGCUGUUCUUUCAACGACCUAGUUAUAGGUGGCACCAUCUAUCCUCACAGGAAGAUCCACAAGACCACUUGGACACCACCAAAUGGGAAGACGGACAACCAGAUCGACCACUUCACCAUUGAUCGCAAGUGGAGACGAAGUCUGCUGGAUGUCAGAGCAAGGCGCGGCGCCGACGCAGCCUCAGACCAUCAGUUGCUUGUGGCAACACUGAAGACCAAGCUGAUAUCCUCCUGUGACUCUUCAGGCAGACCACACCAUAAAUUUAACAUUCAGUUUUUGAAAGAUGGCAAGAAAAAAGAAGAGUUCAACUGUGAAGUCAGAAACAGUUUUGAGGCGCUGACAGAUCUGGUAGAAGAGACAAUAGAGAACCACUGGGCUGAAUUACAGAAGACCUGGAAGACCGCUUGUACCAAAGUACUGGGGAAGAGGCAGAGAGAGCAGAAGGAGUGGAUGUCGAAAGAAACAUGGGAGAAAAUAGAGAGGAGAAGAAAACUGAAGCAGAAGAUUAAUAGAUGUCAGGACCAACAAGUGAAGGGAGACUUAAGAGCAGAGUACUGGGAAACAAACCGAGAAUUGAAAAGAAUUGCAAGACACGACAAGAGACAAUGCAUACAAGGUUUGACAGAGGAGGCAGAAGCUGCAGCUAGUCAGAAUAACAUGAAGAGACUCUAUGAAAUCACGCGUGCCUUGUCAAGGAAGAGCUUCAACCUAAGAAAGCCAGUCAAGGACAAACAGGGAAGAACCAUCACAAGUGAUGUAGAACAGAGAGCACAGUGGGUAGAGCAUUUUGAGGAGAUUUUGAACCGACCACCACCACCAGCUCCUCCUGACAUACCACCAGCAGAGGAGCCCUACAUGUCAAAACCAACCCACCAACCAAGGCAGAAAUCAUCAAAGCCAUCAAGUCCUUGA